GGAUACAAGAGUGAGCUUUGUUGUUACCCUAGCAACUUAUGCUGUGGCAAGUCAUAUCCUUUUCCGGCAAAAAUUUGCUUACCUUUUUUACAGGUUCUGGUUUAAGAGUAUGUUUAACAAUUAAUCUAAAUUGUAUAAUUUAAUUUGUGAAUAUCUGUUAUUCAACUUAACAUUUCUAAUUUGUAAUAAUGUCAUCCGAAGGAGGUUACACAUUGCGAACUCGCAAAUUCAAGACCAAUCGACUUCUCUGUCGACGUCAGAUGGUUGUUGAUGUUAUCCAUCCUGGCAAAGCAACCAUCGCUAAACAAGAAAUUCGUAAUAGAUUAGCGAAGACUUACAAAACUCAACCCGACUUGAUCUUCACUUUUGGGUUAAAAACUCACUUUGGUGGUGACAGGACAACUGGAUUUGCCCUUAUUUAUGACACAUUAGAUUACGCUAAAAAAUUCGAGCCCAAAUACCGAUUACAGCGUAAUGGUUUAACUAAGGUUGAAAGACAACCAAGAAAACAACGUAAAGAAAGAAAGAACAAGAUGAAGAAAGUCAGGGGUACUAAAAAGGCUAAAGUUGGUUCAGCUGCAUCUAAGAAAUGAUUUCGUAUUGAUAGUGAUAUUUAAAUGGGCUCAUUUCAUUCAUGGUUGCCUUCUGAAGUCUUCUUAAGCUCAUCUAUGUUUUUUGUGUUUAUUUUGAUGGAUGGAUGAAGUUCAAUUCAUUAAAGAAAUGAUUUCCCAGUCAAUA